AUGCCUCAAUCCAGCUCUAAUCAGAAGCCAACCUCUCCCUCUGCCACUCCUAUCUCCUCGGAUAGGGCUAUUACUGAAGGUUUGUGGAUGAAAGGGAACAUAAAGCUAGAUCAUAAAGAAAGUCCCUUUGGAGAAAACACUUCAACUUCUUCCCUUGAUGGACAAAGUAUUCCAUCCGCGGAGCAAUCGGCUACAGUGGCAUGUGAUAUUGCCGGAAAUGAUCAUGUAUCUAUAAUCCAUUGCACUGAUUAUUUCCCCGAUGAUCCUGAUAAGGCCAGAGAAUUUGCAACAAGCACUGGUAUUCCUGGAAUACAAGUCUAUCCUGUGAGCGUUUUCUCACAUGCUUCAGACUCGCAAGUAAUCAAUGCAGUCGAUGCAUCUCAAAACAGUGACGAGUCCAGGGCCAAAAUGGAAACGCAAAUUUCUUCCGGAGGUGCAGCAGACGCUGAAAUUGAGAGUCAAUCUACUGUCAGAACUGGACGCCUGACUGCAGUGUCAGACGCGAAUGCCGUUACCGAUCAGAUGGAGUUCUGGGAUACCACCAAGGACAAGCCUGCAAGUUCUGGUUUCUGUAAUUGGAAAGAAGGUAACGUACUCGGAUCAGCUAUCGAGGGCACCAAGUCGCCUUCCAGCGAUGGAGUUUCCAGGGCAAAGGCGGAGCAACAAACUGGAGAGCAGAGUAAAAUGCGACAGGGUGGUGUUGGUAGUACGAAAGAGUUAGAAAAGGUGCUUACUGGCUCGGUUCCAAAGACUCAGAAUCUUGGACCAGGGGAUACAAAAACCCAUGCCCAUUCCGUCAAUGCUAGCAACAACCCAGAAGUCCUUGGCCGCGGAGAAAUCGCGCAAUACUUCAACUCAUCCAAUUUCCCAGUGGAAUGGGGCACUGAGGAAGGUAUCGACAUCAAUUCUCUUCUUGGGGACAUCAAUGAAGACAAGGUCAACCAGCCAGAAGACGUAUUAGACAGGGACCAUUUAUCCGCGGCAAAAACCGUUCUUCCUUCUCAUACUUGGCACGUGGACACAGAUUUUCUUUUGGAAGACGGUGUCACCAAAAUGAGUGAAGAUGAUCGGCGCAGACUAUACAUCCAAGGCAGGAGAGAGGUAAAGUCAUCUUCUGCUUAUACGAAUUUGGCUUCCGUCUCGGGGUCCGAUAAUAGGAGUCGCUUGCUAGAGACCGAACCGAAAGGCGGCAACGGCGCUCGACAGCAACCCAGGAUGGCGGGAAACACUAUCACCGUCACAACCUCGAUUGAACAGGUUAUCACCCCUAAUACUGGAGUGGUGGAGAAUAGCAAGCUUCAGGCCGAAAUCAAAGCGAUACCUCCGAGCAACGCUGGCAAUACACAUACUGUCUCUUGUCUGACUCCCAUGUCUACAACCUCGGGUGACAAUAGGGCAGCAUCAACACAGAGCAAGACUCAAAUCGGCGUUGCGCAGCUAAGACCACUUCCUAUGAAUGCCGACGGUCCCGACAAGAUGGAAUUACCUGAGCCGUAUCCUCUUUUUAAUGCUGAUCGUGACGACCUGCCACAAGACAACACAAACCCGACAGUCCGCGGAUCUGAAGCUUUACCAGGUAGCUGUAAUAUUGGCCAACUUUCUAUCCAUGAACUCGAUACCUCAUUGAGCGAUUUGUUUGAUCAAACCAAGGACUAUGGUGGUACGGACGCAAACGAUUGCCUUCCUCCCAUAAGCGAAUUUGUUUCUGAGCAUGGCACAGAAGAGACAAUGGCAAAGAACAACACUCAACCCGAAACUGGAAGUUCUAGCUCAGUAACUGUCAAAGAUUCCGGCUUCUCAACACCUCCAUUGAGUGCUGUUGGUGCACCAGUUCCAAAGAUUUGCACUCCUUCCAGUGCUAAGACCGAUGUUCAGGUUGAGUUGGCCGUCGAGGAUAAUGCUGAGAAGUGGGACAGUGACGCCGAUUUUUCAUUAGAUGAUGGUACUCGCGAGAUAACAAACGAGGACCGCAUCACACUGGGCCUUUAUGAUGGAUGGCCUGGCAAACUCAGCGACGUAAAUACUGGCCUUCCACCUAUUGAGCAAACUGUCAGACUUUUUGCUUCCGACGGCCCGUCUGAAGUCGAUACUGGGAGGAUGACAGCAGAGCAUAACCCUCCAGUGAGCAUUGGACCUCUGCGUUCGAUUGUCGCCAAUGUCUCUAGUCUUAAAGAUAUGGAACUCGAUCAGCCGUGCAAACUCUUUGAUCCUCCAGAACCUGAACCAAUCCCACAGGAAGAAGCUGCGUCUGAUAUGAUUGAUGCCUCUGAACACAGUUCCGCACAGUUGUCUGCAAUAUCGUUCCAUGCAGCAAAUUCUGGAAGCGGAACUCAUCAAGUUGUUGACUCCGCACACCUGACUGGAGUGUCAGAAAUGAAUGAUAUCGCCAGCCCGAUGCAGGACACCACCAAAGAUAUGCCUGCAGGCUUUGGCCUCCGAAAAUGGACAGGUGAUGAUUCUGUUGAGCAAGAUAUCAAGUACGCCAAGUUGGUUUCCAGCGGCUCUAAACGACCGGAAUCUUCAUUUGCGUCGCGGGAUGUAUCAAUCAUGCCUUGGACUGCCUGCUACACCGACAAUGCUGACAAGGCUAGAGAAAUUGAAGCAAGUACCGGUUUUCCUGGGAUCCGAGUUUAUCCUGUGGACGUUUUCUCUCGUACCACUUCAAACCCGCAAGUGUCAAAUGAAGUCGAUGCCUCUCAGAAUAGUGACAAUUCCAGGACAGAAAUGGAAACGCAAGUUUCUCCUAGACGUCCGUCAAACGAAUGA